AUGUCUUUCUAUUCUCAGUGGUACGAACAAAAUGUUUGCCUUCGUGGUAGUCCUAGUAAAAACACUAUGGAUAGUCCUAUUCGUCCAACAUUAUCAAGAAUAGGAAGCUUUGAACCAGUUCAAGCUGAUUUGACUGCCGCUCACGUCACCGUCAGUUCCGUUAAAAACAAGCUUAUCUAUAACAUCGAAUAUAAACAAUCUGAAGGUUCAAUAAAAUCUCCCUCUCAUUCAAAGCAAAGUUCUACUGUAGGAGGAAUUCAUACUAGAGAAAGUAGCGUUUCUUCCACAAAACUUAAGACUUCCGCUCCACAUGUUGGUGCCACUGCUUGUAGCGUGGUUGCCAGAUUCCAAAAUAGUAAUCAUUCUAGACGUCACUCUCGUCAAGGAAGUUCUAUUUCCGAAAAUUUAAUUUCUUCUGGCCAAAUUUCCCCAAACUCUUUAUGGGAUGAUUGGAUCGUAAAAUAUAUUAACGAAGAUAAAAAGUCUGUGGCCGUUGAGGACGACACUAUGGAUGACUGGAUCUUUGAAAGAAUGUAG